AUGGGUCAAAGAAUCCAACAACGAGGAGAGGUUGUAAAGGGUGUGCCACUGGUGCAACCUGGGGAUGAUCUCUUCUGGUUUAACAAACCUCGACUUAUUCUCUACCUCGUUAAUUUCGUGCUCUUUCAGAUGGGUUCAACUAUGAAACCAACCAUACUCAACGAAAGAGUAGCCAUGGCUCUAAGGAAUUGGCACCACGCUGCGAAGAAGCACGUAAAGCAACAGAACAGUAGAUUACAGUCGCAGACGCAGACCCCUUUGUCAAGGCCAACAACCCCCAAGCACGCUACGUCUCAGGCCCAUCUCUUACACCGUUGGCACAGUGAAAUAGACACCAAUUCCACUGUCUCUGAGGCCCAUCAUCCAUAUGAGAUCGAUUUAAGCCCAUCCCCCAACUCGCAUCACCAUAAGUCCAUAGCCAAUGCUUCCUCUAUUGAUCAUCAGGAAAUGGAAAUGGGUCAAUUGGAUCAUGGUCCACAAGAAAAUGUCAAUGAGCUCAACUCAGCCCAUGCGAGCUCAGGUCUGACUCAACACGAGAUUAAUAUUGAACACGGAAAGGAAUUUUCAUUUGAUAACAAAUAG